CUGUAAAGCUUCAGUUCGGUGUGUGAGGAUGUUCUGUGUGGAAACUGUGGUGUAAAGGGUGUGAUGGACUUUUGAAUCAUUCAUCAUGUCCCACUCGUCCAAGCCUCGAGCUCACCCUUGUGGCCUGUGUGACAAAUCUUUUACCCAGAUCUCCAUGCUCACCAAACACAAGCGAAUGCACACAGAAGACAAGCCCUACAAAUGCCCCUUCUGUGACAAAUCUUUCUCUCUUUCUUCUCGCCUGGUCCUGCAUAAACGCAGCCACGCCGGGGAGAAGCCUCACACCUGCCGGCUUUGCUCCAAGACCUUCAUCUCUUCGUCCCACCUGUCUCUGCACAUGCGCUCGCACUCCGGAGAGAGGAAGUACAAAUGCAGCGUGUGCUCCAAAAUGUUCAUGCAGUCGUCCCAACUUCUGCGCCACAAGACCAUCCACACCGGCGAGAAACCCUUCAAGUGCCCCGACUGCAACAAGAGCUUUGGCCGCGCCUCGCACCUGAAGACCCAUCGCAGGCUCCACACCGGCGAGAAGCCCUUCAAAUGCACACAGUGCGACAGGGCGUUCACACAAAAGGCUGGGCUUGUUAUCCACCUUCGCUUGCACACGGGCGAGCGCCCUUUCAAGUGUGACAAGUGUGGGAAGGCCUUCCGCACGUCCGCUCACCUGCUCAACCAUCAGGCCCUGGAGCUGGGCGAGGGACGGUUCGUGUGCGCCACGUGUCAGAAGGGCUUCCGGUCCGUGUCCAUGUUGAAGCAGCACGAGAAGAGCCACCAGGGCAGCGGGACGCUCUGCUGUGGCGUUUGCUCCGGGACCUUCGCUCAGUCCUCUUAUCUGCAGCUCAACCUGCACUUACACAGCGGAGAGCAGCUCUUCCACUGCAAGGUGUGCAACAAAAUAUUCGUGAAGAUGUCCACCUUUGAGAAACACUGCACAAAACAUCAGAUGGAGAUGGACGACGAGUGCGAGGACGAGACCGUAAAAGAGGAAGAUCCCCCAUUCGAGCUGCAUUCUGCCGCAUCCCCGACACCAUCCACUUCAGAGGUCAACACGCGCUCCAAAACAAGAGCCAAAAUUAAGAGUACAAUGGACAACUUGUAA